UCUUACAGAUGGUUUCAUCCAAAUAUUACUGGAGUGGAGGCAGAAAACUUACUGUUAACAAGAGGAGUGGAUGGCAGCUUUUUGGCACGGCCCAGCAAAAGUAACCCAGGAGACUUUACACUCUCUGUCAGACGAACUGGAGCUGUCACCCACAUCAAGAUCCAGAACACAGGAGACUACUAUGACCUCUAUGGAGGAGAGAAGUUUGCUACCUUAGCUGAGUUAGUCCAGUAUUAUAUGGAACAUCAUGGACAGCUCAAGGAAAAGAAUGGAGAUGUUAUAGAGCUGAAAUAUCCUCUGAACUGUGCUGAUCCUACAUCUGAAAGGUGGUUUCAUGGGCAUCUCUCUGGAAGAGAAGCUGAAAAACUCUUAACAGAGAAAGGAAAACAUGGAAGCUUUCUUGUGCGUGAGAGUCAGAGCCACCCUGGGGACUUUGUCCUCUCUGUCCGGACAGGAGAUGAUAAAGGAGAGAGUAAUGAUGGGAAAUCUAAAGUGACACAUGUCAUGAUUCACUGUCAGGAUCUCAAAUACGAUGUUGGUGGAGGGGAGAAAUUUGACUCUCUGACAGAUCUAGUGGAACAUUACAAGAAGAACCCUAUGGUAGAAACUUUGGGCACAGUGUUGCAGCUCAAGCAGCCUCUGAAUACCACCCGCAUUAAUGCUGCAGAGAUUGAGAGCAGAGUGCGAGAGCUGAGCAAGCUGGCAGAGACCACAGAUAAAGUCAAGCAGGGCUUCUGGGAAGAAUUUGAGGUACUUCAUUACAUUCCUAGUGUUCUGAUGUUUAAUCUCUACACUACCAAAAAGUUAG